AUGACUUCAGAAGGAAUAAACACCUCAGUGCAGCUCGCCGUCCUUGGCGCCGGCGGCAUGGGAGCAGGCCUUUGUCUUCUUCUGGCAGAGCAUGGCCACACUGUGUACUUUUUCGAUCCCAAUGAGGAGAAUGUGCAGAAGCUCUCCAAUGAUGCCUUUCAAAUAGGGCUGCAGGAUAAAGUUACCAACUGCAAAAGUGUUGAGAGUUUGUUCAGAAACAUCAAUGAUGAAGUGCAUGCCGCGGUAUACCUGAUGUCUGUUCCCCAUGGCGCCGCUGCUGAUAAAGCUGUCGACUCGCUACGGCCAUUCCUGCGUCCAGACGAUGUCAUUAUUGACUGCGGAAACGAACAUUACGAGAAUACCGAGCGCCGUCAAAAGGAUCUUGCCGUCUACGGCGUCAAGUACAUUGGCUGCGGUGUAUCGGGCGGGUACCAGAGCGCUCGAAGCGGCCCGUCCAUGUCUCCCGGCGGCGAUCUCGACGUUGUUAGAAGCCUUCUUCCUUUCUUCCAAAAGAUUGCCGCCAAAGAUGACCAAGGGAAUCCCUGCACCGCAGUAAUUGGUACUGGAGGAAGCGGGCACUAUGUGAAGAUGAUUCACAACGGCAUUGAGCAUGGCAUGAUGGGUAUCCUUGGCGAAAUCUGGCUCAUCAUGUCGCGAGGCUUACGCAUGAGUAAUGACAAGAUAGCAGAUACCUUUGAAUCAUGGAACAAUACUGGAGAGCUACGAGGAUGUUUUCUUUUGGGCAUUGGAGCCGAUUUAUUGCGAGCGACCAACGACAAGGGCGAACAUGUUCUUUCAACAAUCCGAGACAAGGUCGUCCAAGACGCCGAGGAAUCAGAGGGCACAGGCACAUGGACUUGCGCAGAGGCUAUUUCACAUCACAGUCCGGCAGCAACCAUCGUAGCUGCACACUUUUAUCGCUGCGCCUCGGCGUUUGCCGCGUCUCGCGAAAAGGUCACGGCGUCUCUCGCUUUCGGCGACCUCCUGCAGCCGCCCCAAGAAAUGGCGAUUGAUUCUGUGGAUGAGUUCCUGGCUGCACUGCAUGCCACCACAUGUUUUGGAUUCCUCAGCUGCUUUGCACAAGGCCUCAAUGUGCUCCGCGCCAAAGACAAGAAGGCUGGAUGGCAUCUCAAGUACACGGAUGUGGUGCAAGUGUGGCGCGCGGGGUGCAUAAUUCGUGCCGAUGGAAUCUUGAGCACUUUUGAUUCAGUAUUCAAAAACGGCGAUUGUGAGGUCGACGACUUAUUCUGGAAUUCAGAGGUGACGGGCGCGAUGCAUCAACGCAUGUCCUUUGUCAAGAGAGUCGUCUUGGCGGCAACAGACGCAGAUAUGCUGUUGCCCACAAUCAGUCAAAGCUUUGAGCAUUUCAAGUAUAUACAGGCGACUCACGGCCCGGCUCAGUUUAUUGAAGCUCAGAUGGAUUACUUUGGGAAGCACAUGUUUGAUACGUGGACUGAGCCCCCGGGGGGGGCCAAAACGGGCAAACACCACUUUGAGUGGAAGCAAGCGAAAGGCUCUUCGGACUAUUAA